UCGAUCUCUCGCGCUCGUCCAACUGUAGUAACCGUGCCGUCCGCGGUGGGUGACGUCACACCGGGCUCCCGGUAACGGAGCUGACCCCUCACGCGCUCUGCUGUCCACUGCGGGAAACAGCGGCACACGAGGGACAAAACACAGCGAAACUGUUGAGCCUGUGCGCUUCUCUACUCGCCACUGAUCACCGAUCCGCUAGUUUCAAUCUGUUUGUGUUUGUGGUGGAUUACGCGCGCGCUCAACAAAACAAACUCUUGGAUGUACUGAGGAAGAUGAGCAGUUUGAGGGAUGAAGCCCGCGCACUGGACGCUCCUCGGGCGGAGUGAUGAAGAGCGAGUGAUGAUCUGGAUGUGAGGAAUGUCCGUCUGUCUGCUGCUGGUCCUCUUCACACUGACCACACACACUCAGGUGUCUUCUGGGAAAUCCCUGAAACUGCUGCAGGAGCAAUGGAGGAUCUACACGAAUGAGUGUAUUCAGAGCUUCAUCCACACACCUCCAGCCUCAGGGCUGGUGUGUAACAGGACGUUUGAUCAGUACGUGUGUUGGCCCGAUGGCCCCGCCGGCACCACCGUUAACGUGUCCUGCCCCUGGUAUCUGCCCUGGUACCGCAAAGUUCAUCAGGGCUUGGUUUAUCGUGUGUGUGGCGCUGACGGCAGAUGGGCUCGUGGGAAAAACACCAGCGAGUGUGAGCAGGACGACCCAGGACAGAAGCAGUAUGGUCAGAUCCUCAGUAAGUUCAGAGUCAUGUACACCGUUGGAUACUCACUGUCUCUGGCAGCGCUAACUCUCGCUCUGGCCGUCCUGGUCUCGUUCAGGAAGCUGCACUGCAUGAGGAACAACAUCCACAUGAACCUGUUCGGCUCCUUCAUCCUGCGCGCACUCUCCAUCCUCCUCAAAGACGCUCUCCUGGACCGGAUGAGCAGUGCUCAGAGCUUCCAGGGGCAGCGCUGGGUCAGCGGACAGACUGUGACUGGCUGUCGCGUUGCCAUGGUGAUGAUGCAGUACAGCGUGAUGGCCAACAACUGCUGGCUGCUGGUGGAGGGCUUGUAUCUGCACAGUCUUCUGGUCAUCACCGUCUUCUCCGAGAGGAACUACUUCUACAUUUACCUCUGCAUCGGCUGGGGUGCGCCGCUCAUGUUUGUGCUGCCGUGGAUGACUGUCAAAUACCUGUAUGAGAAUGAAGAAUGCUGGGAAAGGAACAUCAACAUGGGCUACUGGUGGAUAAUCCGUUCUCCCAUUCUGUUUGCGUACCUGAUUAAUUUCAUCAUAUUCAUUCGUAUAAUAAAGAUUCUGAUGUCCAAGCUGAAGGCGCAUCAGAUGAGAUACACCGACUAUAAGUUCAGGCUGGCCAAGUCCACGCUCACACUCAUCCCUCUGCUGGGAAUCCACGCCAUCCUCUUCACCUUCGUCAUCGAUGAGUCCGUGCCGAAGGAGUCUCUUCUGAGGCUGAUCCGCCUCUUCUAUGACCUCCUGUUCAGCUCCUUCCAGGGUUUGCUCGUGGCCAUCCUGUACUGCUUUGUCAACAAAGAGGUCCAGAGCGAGAUGCUGAAGAAGUGGAAGAGGUGGAAACUGGGCAAGGACAUCGAGGAAGAGUACCGGCACACCCACAGCCAGACGCCCCACGCCAAAAGUGGCAGCAUGGCCCCGGCGAUGGCCCACGAGUGCCCCGGCACCCCAGAGGCGGCGAGCACGGUCUCGGCUGAGUCCCAGCGCCUGGUGUCGUGUCUUCAGAACGGGGGGAGCCGGAGCAGAGGACGAGCGAGACUGCAGAUGUCCUCCGAGCCACAGGAGGGCGCCAGUAACUGCAGCUCUCUGACCGAAGACAUCUGUCUGGAAGAGCGUCCCCUCAACAGCGAGUGCUCAGCGGGGGUGGCGGAAACUAACGUUUGAGGAACGGGAUGCUGACGGAUGUUUUAACACUAAUGGGUCAAUGGAAAUGACGGUACAUUCCAGAUACAGACUUUUUUUAUUGAAAAGCGGCUUCUAUC